AUACAAAUUUGUUACAACAAUAACCUAAAAUUGCUAAACGAACAAAUUAAAUAAUUUAAAAAUUUGCGUGCCGUCUUCCACGGUCGUCUCUAGUCCCAACACCCUUCACUAAACUAUUGCAAUUUCCAGUAUUUUACUUAUUUUCUCUCUCCUCCUUUCUCUCUCCUCUUUUUCUCUAUCAUAUUCACUCACAUUGCUGUUAUUGCUGUAUUCAAUGGCAAUUAGUAUAAGAUUAACACUAAAUUAAAUUAAAUUAUUGAGAGCAAUUAUUUUUUUGGAAAAUAUGGGGGAAUUUCUUCUUUUAGGAAGAACAGUUUUAAAAAACCAGUGAGCAAAUCCUCACAUUUUGCUUCAUUUUUUCUGGGUUAUGAAAUUAGAGCUUCAUAAACCCUAAUAAUUCAAGAUCAUAGUAUAUAAAUUAGUGGGUGUUCUCCAAAUGUGGUUAUAGCAAAUGGGUCAGAGUCAGAAUUCUGAGAUAAACUGCAAAUGUUUCAGAUUUUGUUAUUCAAAACUGAAGGAAAGAGAGUAAAAUUCAAUUUAAUUUAGUGGGAUUUGGAAGAGUGUUCAUUGUUGCUGUUUGUUGAAGCUUUAACAAUGGCUAGACGUCAUGGGUGGGAACUCCCUGCUCAUUCUUUGCAGAUUGUGGCUAUUACGGUGUAUUUCCUGCUAACAAUUGCAUAUUAUGCGUUCUUUGCACCCUUUGUUGCCAAGGAUGUAUUUUAUGAGUAUCUGGCUAUUGGUGGUUAUACUUUCCUGGCCUUGGGUGUGCUGAUACUUUAUGCUAGAAGCACAGCUAUUGAUCCAGCUGAUCCUGGUAUUCUGAUUGAACCAGACAGAAUAGCUAGGUCACAAUGUGAAGCCAGUUUGCCAGGUAACGCAUCUUCAAUAGAAGAGCCAUGCAAAGCUGAGUUUGGGGUUGGUGAAAGGUCAAGUGCACAGCUAACUUUUUGUUCAAAAGUUGGAGGAGUCUUUUGUUUUUGCCUUGUGCGAGAAGAUUGUCGAGAUGAUGAGGAGGCUGCUCAGCCAUCAUCAGGAGAAGAAGAUGCUUUAUUUUGCACAUUGUGUAAUGCUGAGGUGCGUAAGUUCAGUAAGCACUGCAGGAGUUGUGACAAAUGUGUUGAUGGGUUCGACCAUCAUUGUCGGUGGCUGAAUAAUUGUGUUGGCAGGAAGAAUUAUUUUACAUUUGUUACACUUAUGGCAAUGAGCCUUCUUUGGCUUGUUGCGGAAUGUGGUGUGGGCAUUUGGGUCCUUGUUCGCUGCUUCGUUUUUAAAGAGGCCACUGAACAUCAAAUAAUCGAGAGGCUUGGAGAUGGAUUUUCACGCCCUGUUUUUGCUACUAUAGUGGCCCUUGGCACACUAGUCUCAUUUCUGGCUAUCAUACCCUUGGGAGAACUGUUCUUCUUCCAUAUAAUUCUUAUCAGAAAGGGCAUUACGACUUAUGAGUAUGUUGUUGCUAUGCGGACUCAAAGUGAACCACCCGGACCAUCAGUUGGUGGUGAUCAGCUAAGUCUACCAUCUUCACCAACAAGCUCUGCAGUUACUGCCAUAAGUGGACGAAGCUCGGUUGGAAUGGGUUUGCAAUACAAAGGAACUUGGUGUACUCCACCAAGAAUCUUCAUGGACCAACAGGAUGAAAUUGAACAUCUAGAGCCUGGAACUGUGCCAUCUACUGUGGACCCAGAUGCUAUACAACCCGCUGAUAAGGGAAAAAGGGUACCCCAGCGCCCUGUCAAGAUUAGUGCUUGGAAGCUUGCAAAACUAGACUCUAAAGAGGCAAUUAAAGCUGGUGCCAAAGCUCGAGCAUCAUCAUCUGUACUACGCCCAGUCAGUUCUCGACCGCACCAUUAUGACAGUGACCAGUUAUCCAGCAGCAAUGUGAGUGGGCUAAGCAGUCCUAUGAGCAUUAAGUCAUCAGGGUUUCUUAACCGAAACUUGAGAGUAGGAAUACCAAGGCUUUCUUCUGCCAAGAAUUCUUAUCCACCAAGCAGGGCAAGCAGGGAGGAUAUCGAGGCCUCUGCCCGGAGUGCAAGUAACAUUAGUAGUCCUCCUCACGCAUCACAAAUAGCUACCCCUUCUCCGUUGCCCUCAAAUACAGAUCACUUUAAUCCCAUGUACCAAUCAUCAGCAAAUCAGUCCCCUUUAUCGUCAAGAGCAGUUGAGCUGAGUGAUAACGCAGCUUCUUCUAGUUUGGUACGACCACCUGUGAAGAAAAACGAGCCAAAUGUCAGAGAAAGCACAAAAAAUACAGUUUUCUGGGAUCCAGAAGCUGGAAGAUUUGUGUCAGCUGCUUCUAGAGGCGCAGGUGUUUCUUCCUCGUCAGCAGCUCCAAGGGCUGAGCUUUCAUAUACUGGUCAAUCCAUUUUCUUUGGUGGUCCUCUCGUGAACGAGAAUUUGACGAGAGGAGCCAGAAGUACUGGGGGGUCAGGAGCUGCUGGAGGAGUGGGCGAGAGGGAUAGAGGAGGUGGGAAUUUUCAGCAGGGCCGAUCACAGAGGGGUGCACAGCUUCCUGUGUUCGUUCCUAGUGAUUCCCAGUCAGGCCAGCUACCUUCUAGGUUGCCUUGAACAAACUAUUUUCUUCAUUAUACAGCUGAUUUAGAUCCUAGAAUUCAGUGAUUUUUUUUCCUUAGCCUUUUUUCCAUUUGGUCUUUUUUAAUUUUAUUGUGCAGCUACUAAUAGUUAGGCAAAUUUUGCAUCAUAUUCUGGCAGUCAAUGCAAAAGAAAUUUGAUCAAUCUAUCAUCCCUCUGUAAUCAAUUUCCAAAUUCCCACUUGAGGCCUGAUUGCUGACCCGGAUUAAUACUCUGCAUC